AUGAGUUCCACCGGAGCAGGCGUCGCCGGCCGCGGCAAGGCGAAGGCGACCAAGUCGGUGUCGCGGUCGUCCAAGGCCGGGCUCCAGUUCCCCGUCGGCCGCAUCGCGCGCUACCUCAAGGCCGGCAAGUACGCCGAGCGCGUCGGCGCCGGCGCCCCCGUCUACCUCUCCGCCGUCCUCGAGUACCUCGCCGCCGAGGUGCUGGAGCUGGCCGGGAACGCGGCGCGGGACAACAAGAAGACCAGGAUCGUGCCGCGGCACAUCCAGCUGGCGGUGCGCAACGACGAGGAGCUGAGCAAGCUGCUGGGCUCGGUGACGAUCGCCAACGGCGGCGUGAUGCCCAACAUCAACCAGGUGCUGCUGCCCAAGAAGGCCGGGCCCAAGGGGGAUCUGGGCUCGGCCUCGCAGGAGUUCUGA